CAUUUCUAGCCAGAGCAGUUUUGUAAGUUCCAAAAUAGACUAUGCAUCCUUAGAAGUCCUGUUCUCGUGCAUACAUUUCCUAUAUAGGAUGUUGCCCUACAGGCGACCUAUACGAUUUUGGCAUAAUUCCUAUGCAGUGGAGGUCUUGGAGUGAGAGUCUCUUUCUUCCAGCCUUGAAACGACUUGUCUGUACAGCCUAAGGAAAAUGAGGUUAGCUUGGGCAGGAGCAGGCAGUAGCAAUCCCUUAUCCUUGCUGCAUGCCAGCCCCUGAGCAGAAGAGCAUGCCCUCUUGCCAGGGUGGACCCCCGCUGCAAUCCCAAGUGACAUCCUGCUGUCACACUCUUCUAGCAGCUUUUGCAGGACAGUGAAAUGUCACAUACCAGAGUCUGCGUUCAGGUGACGUUGCACUGUACCUUUCCAGCUUUUUGCUGGAGGAAAUAGGUUUUGUGGCUGAACGUGCUUAGCAGCAGCGACGAGGAGCGUGCUUGCUGCAGAAACUCAGGAUGCUGUUGUUCUCUGCGGAGUGUAGCAUGGGGGACUUUGGCCCAUUGAGCUGCCAUGCUGCUGAAAGCUCUGCUUGGCCCUUCUUUGAAAAACGUGAUGUGGGUCAAGGCUCGCAUCUUCAUUUCUAUGGUAUGGAGGGUGCGUGGAAGAUGUCUGUAUGCUGCAGCAGAAGCUAGCAUCUCCCCUUCCAGCAAUUUUUCUCAUAGUAUUGUGCGUUUUCUUGUUUGUUUUCUAAUCUUACUAAAUUCUUCCUUUCUGCUAAUUUGAAUGAAGGCUGCAGAUUGUUAGUAUCAGGCAGCUCAUACCUGUUGAGAGAAGCUAUGAAACUGCUUCUGACUUGACAGAUGACAGGUAGCAAUUUUCUUUUACCCAUGUAAGAAGUGGUAAUCUUUACCCUAUGCAUUUUUAUCCCAGUAUCCCAGUCCCAUGGAGAAACACGUCACAGCUGUAGAAACAGUGGAAGAGAAAACAGAUUUGUCUACGGGGAUUAUUUACCGGAGGAGAAUUGCAACGUGCCAGAAUGUAAUUCCUGAAAUUUUAAGAAAGGUCAGUGCCUUAAAAGUGCCCAACAUCUACCUGGAAGAGGAAUCUUGGCUUAAUACACAGAAAAGAAACAUGGCUAUGAAAAGUCAUUGUCUUACAUGGACACAGUAUGCAUCUCUGAGUGAGGAGUCUGUCUUCAGAGAGAGCUUGGAGAACCCAAACUGGACAGACUUCACACAAAAAGGCAGAAUAUCAGUUACGGGGGCAGGUUUGCUCAACUGUGUGUUGGAAGCUUUUGCUCAAUCAUUUUUAAAACAAGGUGUGAAGAAGGGUAUUAAAAUAAUGGAGACACUUCUUCAGGAACAGUAUGGGUGAUCGUGCUCUUAAUGAGCAGCUGAGAAGAUGUAUUUGCAUAGAGUUUCCGUGGAACUGCAUAUCUUCAUUGCCAUCGGAAUUCCAUGGCUGUUGUCUGAAUUUUACUGGUACCAUUUUAUUGAGGAAAGAGGGUUCAAUAUGCGCGGCUGGAAGAAAAGACGACCACAGACUGCAAAUCUUUUACAAAAGAUUAAGGAAUCAUACUGCUUAAGGGAGUGUUGAUCAUGAAAAUCACAGAGGAACAAUCGUAAGCUUGGAAAUUUUCCUGUGAAUUGGUGCUAUAAUCUCUAGAGACUGAGAAUUCGGGAAGGGAACAUAGAGCAACAAAACAGAAAUAGCCCUUGUUGCUAUGAAGACACCCUUGCCUAGUCAGCCAGUUGCUUUGUGUCUUACCAAGGGAGGUGCAAGCACACCCUGUGUGCUGUUUAUUGCACAGCUUAAUUCUGUGGGGUAGACGCUUCAUUCUACAGAGAUGAAGCUCAGCUGUAGCAGCUGAGUAGGGUUACUGUUCCCCGCUUGAGUCACUCAUUACUUCAGUUCUCAUUGCUGUGUUGGAAAUAUUUGGUUAUUAUACCCCUGCCAGUGUGAUCAUUUUCAGCUGUAAAGACAUGCCUCAGUACAAGUUUUGCAUAUAUUUGAAUUCUUUCAGAAAGUAUUUCUCUUCUACUGCAUCUGAAUAGAAGAAGAGGAAACCUGGAGGGGAAUUGAUCAAGCGCAAGUUAAGUUCCUGACAAAGGGUGUCUCAUACACUUCUCCUCCUUUUGUUCCACACACCACAUCAGGGUAGUUUAAAAUAAAACUUUUCAUUUAAAAUUCAGAUAAGCACAAACCGCCUUUGAUACCCUUUACUGAGUUAGGGUAAUACCACCCUUACAAAUAGCCCCAGUAAACUCUGUGUUUGUUCUUUGUGGAGACUUGAACCAGAUUUGAUUGCCCUAAAGCAAAAUGAUCGGCUUGGCAUUUUUCAGGGUGGAUUGUGUUUUAGUUUCUCAAAUGUGAUGUAAACUCUCAGGGGACUCUUCCUUAUGCUAUGCCUGAGUGCUGUGGUCCUGCUUAUUUCAAUAUUUAAUGGUCCCAACUAUCCUAGUCUGAAGCUAAAUGAGCGUACUACUAAACAGCCCAGCCACAGACUGUGGCCGUGUGCCAGCUCUCCAGUAGUGUAAAUCCAUGAACCUUUGCUUCCGUGGUUGGUGCUAUAGAUUUACACUAUGGGAAAUGCUAGCCUGUACUCUGCGAUGAGUGAGCCAUGACACACUCCUUAGGAAGUGACUGUAUUUUGUAUUGACACAGUGGAACAAAACACUUUCCUCCAUCUUUCUUAUUUUGCUUGUUGACUGAUUCUUGUGAACUUGGACUCUGAAUACUGAACAGUAAAUAUUUAUGAAAUGUAAUGGCCAAGACUAAAUACGUUCAUUAGUGUAUUUAUUGAGUUGCCGCUUUGUGUGCCUAAGGAAGUUAUAAAUUACUUCUAUUUGAACUGCUGUGUACAAUUUUAGGACUAACAUUUUUAUUCUUGCAUCACUCUGGAUUUUGGAAUUAGGAUAGGAACCAUUUGUGUCCUCCCUCACCCCCACAGUUGAAGCAGUCUUUGAAUAAUGAAAGUCCAAUAAAAUCCCGUUUCUUCUUCCAAGGCUGAGUUGCCUAUCUGCUUACUGCUGGGUGCCAGAAACAGAAGGGUUAAGAUGACUUCUGGGAGCAAGGUGCUUGUUGUGAGGCUGGGGAGUAUGGUCAGGGUGGUGGAAUCAACAGGCCCUCCUGGGAGGUGGCAGGACCAUCCGGGCUCAUCCCCUGGGGCUCAGGUCUGCCCCUGGCCUGCUGGGAGAACAGCCCGAGCAGGGGAGCCACCCUGCUCCAAACUGCAAACCAGCAGCUGCAAGUAGCUUUUGUUUUGAAGAUCUUCAAGUGCUGUGUCCUGUGUUGGAGCUUAAGUCAUCCUGCUGCUGAAAGGCGUCCCUGCGUUUGCCCUGGGAGCAGUCACCGGUCACAGGGAGGUCUGAGGAGCUCUUGUCGGCCAGGUGGACGGACGAGUCCCUCAGGAUGCCGCGAAGUGAAUGAUGGGGACAUGGGAUGUGAUGGGCGCGUUCCCUGGGGAGCGUGUGCGGUGUCAUGGUAUCAAACAUACACAUCAAACCCAGUGGGCAAUGAACUUCACCCAUAUAAUUUUUUUCAGAAAUAACUUGCUUUUUUUUUUCCCCCUCUGUAUGUCUGUAUGUUUCUUCCCGAUGUAUAUUGUCGUACCAAGGUGGAGAUAAACAUUUUCAGAUACAGAAAAAUAAACUGACCAGAUCUGAUGUCCCCUCUCAGACCAUCUGUAAGACAGUGUGUCUUGUUACGCUGAUCUCUCGGCAUAAAGAGAAUCCUUUAAUUGCUCAAAACCCCCUGUUUAUAAGUUUUAUGUAAUUAUUCAAAACUUUUACCGACUGCAAUCAUGAUGGCUUAAAUGAUGAUUUGACUUACUCAUAGUAUUCUUCCUGGGGCCUGGACAGUGGGAGCUUUGACAACGUUGGCCUUUAGAAAUCAGUGUUCCCAGCAGCCCUGCUAGCCUCAUUUUCUAAAUAACAGGACGGCGAAUGAGAAGGAAAUACCGUUUUUCAGAUUGUUUUAUGGAGCUAGUUAA